AUGUACGAGAGCCAGAUGAAGCUUUUGCGGCAGUUUGAUCAAAGCACAAAGGUUCCCCAUUUGCUUAUUGAGCUCCGUAGCCUUGGUUACGUUGAGAUCUGUGGCAAGAACAUUGGCGGUAUCUAUGAGAAGCUCGACCACUUCUUCAAGACAGAGUUUGGCGCCUCUGACACGGAGUUGGUGAUGCGGAAAGUGCCACCCGAAGGGUGCUGUUCGCCAGAGGGGCCUGCCUGCGUAAUGUUGCCGAAGGAGCCUUGCGACGAUGUUUGCGACAAGAACUAUGUGUGUGGCCAACAGAGACCUGACGGCUCGGUGCAUGGCAGCAGUAUCUUCAAGAGGAGAGGAACGUGGGGCGAGAAUAACAUGGGCUUGCUUACGAUGAAGGUCAUCGGCUUCAUGACAAACGAGUGCGGCUGGGGAUUGCAUUUGACAGACGGAGGAAACAUGGGCGGAAGGAACCAGAUCCGCGAAACACAGAUUAAGUUCAGGGCGCCCCACCCGCUCAAUCUCAUGGCGCCGCAUCUUAUGAUUGAGCUGCGUGCCGUUGGAUACAUUGAAGUGAACGGUCAAGACAGUGGGGGCAUCCACAGGAAGUUAAAGGACUUCGUGCGCAGCAAGUGGGACGCACACGUGGACUCCGACCGGGAUCCUGACUACUGCGCCCUCAAGUUUAGCACUUUUGCAUUCAAGCAGAGAGGUGGGCAAGGAGAGAACAACAUGGGGAAGCGCACCAUGGAGCUGGUGGACUUCAUGACGCGGGAGUGCCACUGGACGCUGCUUGCCUGCACCGGAGGCAACGCCGGCGUGGAUGGGAGGCACCGGGAGCAGCAGCUGGUCUUCCGCCACGACGAGCACGUGCAGCGAGGUGAGCCGCACUUGAUGGUGGAGCUGAGAGAUCAAGGGUAUGUUGAGAUCAACGGUACUCAAGCUGCUCCUGAAGCUGCAGCUUUGCUUCAUGACUUCUUCAAAAGCCAGGGUUGCGAAGAGUACAAAAGUGGGUUCUGGGAGGGCGAGGCUUUCUGCGAUGUCAAGUACAGGACGCCGAGGGACUGGUUCUACAGAGAUGGCACGACAAACAACUUGGGCAGGAGGACACUGGAAGUCGCUAGCUUCUUGGGACAGCGCGGCUGGAUGCUGCAGCUUUGCAACGGUGGCCACACGGCAGCCGCCAACUCUCCAUGGAACCUCAAGCGCGAGCAGCAGAUCAAGUUCCGCCGCGCGCAGCCAGGCGACGAUGCCUCUGCCCCGCUCCUCAUGAUCGAGCUGCGGGCGGUACCUGAGAACGCGGAAGGUCACUUUCAGGGCUGGAUUGAGAUGAAUGGCCCCAAUACCCAUGGUGUCUAUGAGAAGGUCGUGAGGUACAUGGAGCAAACGAUGCUGUGCCAGCCUGUGGGCCCCCAGCCCUAUUGCGACCUGCUAUUGAAGUGCGGCUGCUUUCGCAUGCGUGAGGCCAACACCAGCUGGUGGCACCAGAAAAGGGAGGGUCGCCUCAUUGGAGAGAGUAACUUCGGCAGGUACACGAUGCGCCUCUGCGACUACAUGGUGGACCACCUUGGGGAAUGGGACCUUCUGGUCUGCAAUGGCAACAGCGUGACCAGCUUGUGUCAAAGUGGACUCCACAACAGCGACAUGAGAGUGAACGGCAGAGAGCAGCAGCUUGUUUUCCGACAUCGCCCAGGUGGACGUAAAGUUUUCAUGGCUGCAGAUGUCGCUGCAGCUGCCCUCGGGCGUGCCCCGUGCCUCCCACCGCACUACUGGAAGGACAGCACCAAAGACGGUGCAGAGGCGCAGCAGAUCAUUGCAGUGUCAGAUGACGAAAAACGUUGGAUCCAGCAGGUCUUGGACGGCACCUACAAGAAGAAGGUGACACGCGAUCGCUCAGGGAGUGCCAUGGCAGAUCGCUUUGUUGUUGUGUCGGCUCUGCGGUCGGAACACCCAGGUCUUUGGGACCAGUAUGCUCAGAAAAGGAAUGAGGUUGCCAGAAGCAUGAAGGGCAGAGGGACAGUGGCAGUUGUAGAUCCCAAAACGAUGCAAGCCUGCAGUGCGCUGAAAGAAAGGUGUCAGCACCCACGUCUGGGCAAUCCCGGCAAUGAGGCCUACCUUUUGCAUGGUUCUAACCCUACAUCGGCUAUUUCGAUCCUCGCCAACUCGUUCAAGGUGGACUUUGCCGGCGCAGCUGUUGGGACAAUGUUCGGUCCUGGCAUUUAUCUUGCCGAAUCUUCCUCAAAGUCAGAUGAGUAUGCCCGCGACGAAAACACUGGGGGAGCCUACGAUGGGCUGUUCGCUGUGUUGCUUUGCCGAGUAGUCCUGGGAAGCUCUUAUGUGGUCGAAGAUCCAGGGAACUACGCAGACAAGUGCUCUUCGGGGGAGUUUGACAGUGUUGUGGGAGAUCGGGAAAAGGCUGUCGGAACUUUCCGUGAGUUCGUGGUCUUCGACGCAGCUGCAGUCUAUCCCGAGUACGUGGCCUUCUACAGGAGGGAGCAUGGUGACCCGGCAACUUCGGCGGGAGAGGCUCCGCCACCCUCGUGCUUUGCCCCGCCGCAGCAUUCCAUGGCUGCCACAGUGGAAGAAAGUGACGAACCAGGGAUGCAACAUUCGUAUAGGCACCCCAAAGGGGUGGUCCGUGGUCCACUGGGCUUCACUCGGUGGACAGGAAUUGCGGUGUCAGAUGCUUGCUGA